GUCAUUGCUGCCGCCGCGACCUCCGGAGAUGAUGUUGGCAGAGCAAGCCCAGAAGUGGUUCCCGACUCACGUGCAGGUGACGGUCCUUCAAGCCAAAGGUCUGAAGCCGAAAGGUAAAAAUGGCAGCAACGACGCCUACACCAUCAUCCAGCUGGGCAAGGAGAAGUACUCCACCUCGGUGGCCGAGAAGACCCUGGAUCCCGUCUGGAAAGAAGAGGCCUCCUUCGAGCUCCCUGGAUUGCUCAUGCAGGAGAACCCGGAGAAGUACAUCCUGUACCUGAUCGUCAUGCACAGGUCGCUGGUGGGGCUGGACCGGUUCCUGGGGCAGGUGGCGAUCAGCCUGAAUGACGUCUUUGAGGACAAGCAAAGAAGGAAAACAGAGUGGUUUCACCUAGAGUCCAGACAAGGGAAGAGAACUAAAGACAGAGGAGAAAUAAAGGUCAAUAUUCAGUUUAUGAGGAAUAACAUGACAGCAAGUAUGUUUGAUUUGUCAAUGAAGGACAAAACCAAAUCCCCUUUUGCUAAACUAAAAGACAAAAUGAAGGGUCGAAAAAAUGAUGGGACGUUUUCAGAUACAUCCUCUGCAAUCAUCCCAAGUACUCACAUACCUGAUGCAAAUGUAGAGGUAUGCAGUGGUGAAGUACAAAUGAAAUCAAAACCAAAAAAACCUUUCCUUUUGGGACCUCAGCGGCUAUCCUCAGCUCAUUCGAUGUCAGACUUAACGGGAUCGCAUGUCUCCUCGGAAAAAAUGAAAUCCAGCACAGUUGGCUACUCUCACCUUUUCAGGCGUCAGCUGGAAUCUUUUGGUUCUGUUGAUGAAGGUGGCAGUCUAAAGUCUCCACAUAGAAGGACACUAAGUGUUGAUACUUCUAAAAUGAACCAGCUUGACAGCACAGCUGAUGAAACUGCACUUCAAGCACAAAAUGACCCAUUUACUAAUGUGAGUGCUUCGUUACCCCAAAAAUUUGCUACACUGCCAAGACAGAAGAAUCCAUUUGAAGAAAGCCCAGUGACGUGGGAUCAAAACAUAAGUCUGUUUUCCAAACCUGUCGAAAUCAGAAAAGAAAUUAAAAAAGAGAAAAAAGAGAAAGUUAGUCUUUUUGAAAGAGUGACUGGAAAAAAAGAUAGCAAGAGGUCAGAUAAACUUAGCAAUGGGGGCUCAGAGAGUUCUACUGACUUGAAAUCACCUAGUGCGUUUGGCGAAGCUCAUCAGGAGAGUUUUGAUUAUGAUUCGACUAAUCCGUUUAUGACAAACUUCAAGCCUACAAGCAUGUUGCCACCUUCAAGUUUUAAUGUGAAUCCUCCUGGCACUGAGGACCUCAGGAAAACAAUGGAUGGAAAUCCUUUUGACGCCACUGCAGGAUACCGUAACCUUACUUAUGAAGAGGUUUUGCAGGAGCUGGUGAAACAUAAAGAGCAACUUAAGAAGAAGGACACCCAUAUUCGUGAACUUGAGGAUUACAUUGAUAAUCUUCUUGUACGAGUCAUGGAAGAAACACCUAGUAUUCUCAGAGUGCCAUAUGAACCUUCUCGAAAAGCCGGCAAAUUUUCCAAAAGCUAAGAUAGAGAUACUUGAUGGUACUUUCUGCUGAGAACAGUAGUGGAAGGAAAUCACACUUCACCAUUUUGACUUCUCUUCAUUCCUUCUCUCCUAAGAAACUCCAGGAAUCAGGGGAGGACAGGACUAUGGCGUGGGGUUUUUUUGUUUGUUUUUUACUCCAAACACUAGCAGGAAC